CGGGCUGCGGCAGCGAUGGGAGGAAACGCGCUGGGAGGUGGAAGCUUGCACAAGGCCUCCUGCGGGGCCGGACGCCGGUGGCCCGGAGCCAGGGUGCUGGGGAGGGGGGACGGGCUUCUAGGGAAGGCGGCAUCCGGGCAACAAUGUCCGGUGAGGGCCGAGCGGCCCGGCGGGGCAGUUUUUUUUACAAAAGGUGCGCUAGCCGUCUGUCCCAGAAAUAAAAACUCAAGAAAUGCCUCAUUCCACGAACAAAGAACUGAUACUUGGCAUCAUGUUGAUUCAAUGACUUUGCAAGAUGAAGUGCAUAAUGGCCAGGGAGCAGCAGCGAUCUUUCAAGGAAGGCAACUUCAGAUACUGGAGAAGUUAAAUGAAUUACUGACAAAUGUGGAAGAACUGAAAUCAGAAAUCAGAGUUCUUAAAGAAGCCAUUCCAAAACUGGAAGAAUAUAUACAUGGUGAACUUGGAGGGAAGACCACUGUUCACAAGAUAAGUCCUCAGCACAGAGCUAGAAAAAGAAGGCUUGCCACAGUUCAAAGUUCGGGAACAAGUAAUAGUUCAGAGGAAGCGGAAAGUGAAGGAGGGUAUGCAGUUUUGUGUGGCUGUGUAUCUGAGUUUGAGGGCUUGCAAAACAAAAUUAACUAUGGCUAUCGCUUCAAGGAACAUCUAGAUAAAGCAAUCCAAUUUUUACCUGAAGAACCCUUUUUGUAUUACCUCAAAGGAAGAUACUGUUAUACUGUCUCGAAACUGAGCUGGAUUGAGAAAAAAAUGGCUGCUACUCUGUUUAGAAAAAUACCAUCUUCAACGGUACAAGAAGCUUUGCAGAAUUUCCUUAAGGUUGAAGAAUUACACCCUGGUUUUUCUAAGUCCAAUUACAUGUUCCUGGCCAAGUGUUAUAUGGAUCUUCAACAAAUAAAUAAUGCCAUGAAGUUCUGUCAUUUGGCCAUGUUGCUUCCUUGUGUUACCAAAGAGGUAAGCCCAAAUGGUGCUAAUGAGUGCUGCUGUUUUAUCAGUACUAUUCCAGCGUCAAGUAUGAACAAUGGCUUAUGAACAU